UUUCCGCCAACAUUCUCAGCCGCUCGCACACGCACAGUAUCCCGGCACACAAAGUACAGCAUCAUGUCGCCUACUUAUAUCUCCAAUGACGAACUGUCGCAGAUAAUAAAGAGCGACAAACAACCUCGCAAAGACUACCUCAUCGUCGAUGUCCGGGACGAUGACUACCGCGGCGGCCACAUCAAGGGAUCCCACAAUCUGCCCUCCCAGACUUUCCAUGUCGCCGUAGACAAACUUGUACAAGAAACGAAAGAUGUCCCUCUCGUCAUCUUCCAUUGUGCUCUCUCCCAAGCUCGGGGUCCAAAGGCCGCCCGAAUAUACGCAGAGACGCGAGAUAAUCUCCAGAAAGCAGGGCAAGACCAGCCGCACGAGGUGCUCAUCCUCAGAGGCGGUUUCACCGAUUUCCAGGCAAAGUUCAAGAACGACGCCGCUUUGAUCGAAGACUUCGACCCAGAGGUUUGGGGGAACGAUUGGAACUCAUGAACAAUCGACAUUACCCUCAUAGGGCUCAUAUAUAAAUUCAACCUGUAGCAUAAGGGACGGUACCAUCGUGUUGGCGAGCGAGGUCAAGUCAUCGGAGGGUUAUAUAUCGCCAGGGGUUGUCACCAUACACAUGUAUGAACAUCGGUGUAUGAGUAGCGGCAUAAUAUUAGGAGGGGAUAAUUUUGUGAGCAUCUUGAGAUAUAGACUGACAUGAAUAGUCUCAGUACGAGGCUUGGUGCAACCCUGCCUCCAGACCUCCGUGUCCACAGCAUCUCAGCGUCCUCUCAUGGCGAUUGAGUCGCUCAUCCUCAAAUUCAUGAAGGCCUUGGACCCUCCAAAUCACCACUCGAUCCCUCCGUCCCACUCGGCUUCUUCAACAUCCUCCUCGGCAUAUCCUCCACGACAUGCUGCACCUUCUUCCGUUCCUCGUUGAUCGCGUUCUGGCAUAUGUGCCAUGAACCGAGUGAGACGAGCACGAACGUCGCGACGGCCCAGUUGCAAGCCGGCAUUAUACCGACGUUCAUAGCUCUCAACACGCCCACUCCCGUCCCGCUCGCGAUGCCGCUCAGGAGGCUCUUCCGCGCACAGGGCAUCUGGCCUAGGUUUUGGGAAUCAUCUUUUAGGGAGAUGCGCUGCCCUUUCCAGGGACGUGUGAGUGCGAUGGAGAGGCGACGGGAGCGUUGUGGGAUGAAGAUGAG